AUGGGAGCUGAAGAAGAAAUGCUCAUCACUCUGUCCGGAGGUGCCCCCUGGGGCUUCCGCCUGCAAGGGGGUUCAGAGCAGAAAAGACCCCUUCAAGUGUCAAAGAUUCGGAAGAGAAGCAAAGCAUGCCGUGGAGGCCUGUGGGAAAAUGAUGUUCUAGUAUCUAUCAAUGGGAAGUCAUGUGCUGGCCUGUCCCAUGCUAAUGCCAUGCAGAUCAUCGAUUCCUCCAAUGGCACGCUCAACAUCCGUGUGAAAAGGAUAGUUGGUGGGGGCCAGACUGGCCCACGGCUGCAGCGUUCCCCUUCUCCAGGGCAGCGAGUGCUCUCUUCACCAUCCCUGCUCAGCCCCCCAGCACAGUUACUCAGCUCUGAACCAGCAGGAGCCCCAGUCACCACGCAGCCCUCCCAGCCCUCCCAGCCCUCCCAGCCAUGGAGGUCACAGAGGAACCUGGAGAGCCUCACGUCCCCACCGGACAGCGAGGCCUACUACGGUGAGACAGACAGCGACGCUGACAACAUGGCACAGGAGAAGCACCGCCGGGCUCGCAAGAAGAGCCCACGCUCCCCCCCGGACAGCACCACCAGCUGUCACGCACCGCAGGACGAGGUGUCCCUGUCUGAACAGAGUGGCUACGAGAGCAUGCCGGAGGCUGCUGCGCAGGGGGGAGCAGAGCUGGCCAGCUCCAGCGGGGUGGCCAAGAGGGAGAUUGUCUGCCUGCCUGGCAGUCGCACUGACACUCCGUUCUCAGACAGCGAGGGACAGUUGCGGCCGCCCUCAACAGAGGGACGGGAGCCUUCUCCAGAGGCAAUGCUCCUGCCCCAUGGCACCAAGGCUAUCCGAGCAGAACGCCAUCUCAUCCCCAUGGUGGGGCCAGUGGAACAUCCGAUUGAUGAAGACCUAACUACCACCUAUACAGAGAAAGCCAAGCAGGCCAAGCUCCACCGCCACGAAAGCAUCCAGGAGAAGAACGUGAAAGAAGCCAAGACUAAGUGCAGAACCAUUGCAUCCCUGCUGACAGAUGCACCCAACCCCCACUCCAAGGGGGUGCUGAUGUUUAAGAAACGCAGGCAGAGGGCUAAGAAGUAUACAUUGGUAAGCUUUGGCAGCGUUGAUGAAGACCGCUCCUACGAAGAGGAAGACGGAGUUUUUCCAACUAGUGAAUCUGAAUUUGAUGAGGAAGGUUUCUCUGAUGCCCGAAGCCUAACUAAUCACUCAGACUGGGACACUUACCUAGACAUUGAAAAGUCCAAAUCUGACUCUGAACAGAAGGAAGAGAAGCAAAAAGGUUUGAGUGAGGCCUCGGGUAAAGGAGCACGGUUAUUUGAGCAGCAGAGGCAACGGGCUGGGAAGUACACAGUUGAGAAAACUCCAGUGCAGAAGAGCCCAGAGGUUGCCCCAGCUGCCCAGCCAAAGCCAGGCACAGUGAACGGAGAUAUGCCUGUGCCAGAGAAGGCAGACACUGUGCCCCUCAGCAUCCACCUGGAAGGUGUGCAAGUGCCCAGCAAGCAGCCAGCCACCGUCCCCACUCAGCUCCUGACUGCCCCCAGCCCCACUUUCUUCCCACCUCCCCCAAGCACCCCCGACCCCUUCUCUGCAAGUUCAACAAGCAUGUUCAACAGGUCUGCACGGCCCUUUACUCCUGGCUUUUCUGGCCAACGUCCAGCAACAUCCUCUGUCAUCUUUAGGCCAUCUGCACCCAAAAAACCCACUGAAAGUCUGGGUGGGCAAAGCACAGUGGUUCCCCCUUUCUCACCUCCGGUUCCACGAACACCUGCCAAUGCACCAGUGCCAACACAGCGUGGUCCAGUCAGCUCCUCCACAUCUCUGUAUAUUCCUGCUCCAGGAAGACCAACAUCACCACUGGAGUCACAGCCAAAAGGGGGAGGAAGUGCUUCAGAUAUCAAGCCUUCUGCCAACACUGCCCGGACAUCCACCACCUCUAUCUUUCUGUCAACUCCCUCAAAGCCAGGAGGGGAUAUGGCCUCCACAGUAUCCCAGCCACGAGUCCCUGGCACAGCCUCUUCUUCAUUGUAUAUUACUCCAGCACCAUCACAGCACAUGAGAAGCAGUUCCCCUGUGCCAAAACAGCCUUCUCCUGCCAUCGCUCCAGCAACGCCACGACCUCCUUCGGAGCCCUUAACCUCCAGGGAGCAGAGGAUUGCCGUGCCAGCUCCCCGCACAGGCAUCCUGCAGGAGGCUCGCCGACGGGGCAACAAGAAACCCAUGUUCAGUAAGAUUGAGGAGAAGAAGAAUUCACCCAACCCUGAGCUCCUGUCCCUGGUGCAGAACCUGGAUGAGAAGCCAAAAGGUGACCACCCUGGGGCAGGCUUUGAGUCUGGGCCCGAGGAGGACUUCCUCAGCCUGGGUGCUGAGGCCUGCAACUUCAUGCAGUCCUCAGGCCGCAAGUUCAAGACCCCACCUCCAGUGGCCCCCAAGCCUCAGCAAGAUGCUGGAUUGGUAAAUGGGGCCCAGGACAUGCCUCAGCUUAAAGGCAAGGGGGCAGAGCUCUUUGCCAAACGCCAGAGCCGCAUGGACAAAUUUGUGGUGGAAACAACACCUAAGCCAGAGUACAAGCCCAGGACCCCCUCUCCAUCCCCUUCUCUACCCUCAUGUUGGAAAUAUUCACCCAACAUCCGGGCUCCCCCUCCAAUAGCUUACAACCCAAUGCAUUCCCCUUUCUAUCCCCUGGCAGCCAGCAAAUCUCAGGCUAGCAAAGCAGAGAGCAAAGUGAAAAGGGCACCUGGCCAGAAAUCAGGGAUCAAGGUCAUUGAUAUAAUGCGCCACCAGCCCUAUCAAUUAAAGUCAGCCAUGUUCUGUUUUGGGGAUCCCCCAAGCCCCAGCACCCAGACUACUCCUGGUCAGCCAACCCCACAGGCUAGCUCAUCCUUCAUGGCAGCCAAGCAGGUCCCUGUGAAAAUAGCCAAGACCCAGGAGAUUCGUCGCUUCUCCACUCCGGCUCCCAUGCCAGCCUCCAGCAGCCUGGCACCCACUGUGCUGGUGCCCCGCUCAGCCACCACGCUGGAUGAACCAUUGUGGAGAACAGAAAUGGCCUCUUCUGCCCCUGCUACACCAGCACCUUUCCAGGUGGAGCUCAGCCCCUCCCCUAAGCCAUAUCUGAGCUCCCCAGAACCUGGGCAGGUGGGACAGGGACCUGCUCCAAACUCAGCCUCUGCCUCUCGGUUUCAGGUGGCCAGGCCCAAAUUCUCUGCAGCAAGAACAGGCAUGCAGGCCAAUGUGUGGAGGCCAAGUUUUGGCCAUCACUGAGUCAGGCACCCCUCCCAUCCUGUCUGUGGCCCCGCAGAGAUAGC